GGCCCUAAAAAACAAACAAACAAACAAAACAAAAAAUAUAUAUAUAUAAAUUCUCAAAGACAGAUCUAUUCUGCUAUGAGAACAAUUCCAGGAUGGAGACAGAACCAUCAUGGUGGUUUUGAUUAGCUCAGCAUCUUAUUUACACGUGACUAUUCGUCAAGAGAGUGAAUUAAUUAUGUCCCUAAGUCCACUCUCUUCUUUAAUACAACUAAAAAUAUAUCCCAGCAAAUUUGUGUACUCAUAUAUUUGCAUUUGUGUAAAGCUGAAUAAGAACUCAAGAAAAGCAUCAUCCUAAAUAUGCAACAUUGCUUCUCGGAGUGCUACACAUUCCUUCGUGCCUAUGAACUAAUGCUCAGUAUCUAUAGCAUCCUCAGUAUUAAAUGAAAAGCCCUUUACGACCCAUCCAAGCUACCAUUACAGCUUUAUUCCAGCCCCCAGCCCCUCCCCAUCUCUCCUAUAUUCCAGCUUAACUAACUUAACUCAAAUGGGUCAUGUUCUUCCAAGCCCCAUGCUAUUCCCUCUUUCUGUUUUAUCAAUAAACUUAUUUAAUUUUUUAAUACCUCCAUCAAUAUCAUAUCACGUGCUCAAUAAAAUAAACUGCUGCCUUAUUUAUCUUCCCCAGUACUUUUAUAAACACUGUUAAUAUUACUUGUUUUUAUAUAAUCAUUUGCUUAUCAUUCUGUCUUCCGACUAGAUUCUUAAUCUCAUCAAGGAAGUUGAGAGACCUAUUCUAUGUUUUGUUUAGUUUUUUUGUCUCCUCUAGAGCCUAACUCAGUACCUGUCAUAUAAUAAACACCAAGUUUCUGCUGAAUUAAGUUCAAUAAGAUUCUAGGCACUUUUGUUCAGCAGAUCAUUUCCAUCAGUUAGCUUCUUCCAACCUACAUUGUAUGUUCUUCAAACCAGCAUUGGAACAAAUCAAUUACAGAGUAUAUUUCUCCCCAGAGGAUAGGGUGUUUUCACCAGGCUUGCUCUUUUUUUUUUUUCUUGCAAUGUCACUGGCGUGCCUUGGACGUGAACUGUCCUUAUCAACCUCCCACAGCCCGUGAAGCCCUCAGUGUGCCUCUGUCCUUUGCCGCAAACAUGAGGUUCACGUUCCCUCUGAUGGCCACUGGCCUGGAGGUUGCCAUGAUUGUUUUAUUUGCAACAUUUGUUCAGUAUGAAACAGAUCAGAACCUUUCCCAGAAGCCCAACAGCACCAGCGUGGACUUGGACACAUCCGGGGACUUGUAUCUUUUCUUCCGAGAUGUGCAUAUUAUGGUAUUUGCUGGGUUCGGCUUCCUCAUGACCUUCCUGAGAAAAUAUGGCUUCAGCAGUGUCGGCAUCAACUUCCUCAUUGCUGCCCUGGGCCUCCAGUGGGGCACCAUUGUACAGGGGAUCCUGCACAUGCACGGAAAGAAAUUUCACAUUGGAAUCAAAAACAUGAUCAACGCAGACUUCAGUACAACCACGGUUCUGAUUUCUUUUGGAGCUGUCCUGGGAAAAACAAGUCCAAGCCAAAUGCUGAUCAUGACGAUUUUAGAAAUUGCUGCCUUUGCUGGCAAUGAAUAUCUGGUUGGCAAGAUAUUUUUGGCCUCUGAUAUUGGAGCAUCCAUGACCAUCCAUGCCUUUGGGGCCUACUUUGGUUUGGCUGUAGCCGGUGUCUUGUACCGAUCAGGCCUGAGAAGAAGGCAUCCCAAGGAAGAGUCUGUGUACCACUCGGACUUGUUUGCAAUGAUUGGGACUCUUUUCCUCUGGAUAUUUUGGCCCAGCUUCAACUCAGCCAUUGCCACACCUGGAGACACACAGAGCAGGGCCAUUGUGAACACAUACUUCUCCCUCGCCGCCUGCGUGGUCACCGCUUACGCGUGUUCCAGCCUUCUCGAGCAAAACGGCAAACUCAACAUAGUUCACAUUCAGAAUGCAACCCUUGCCGGAGGAGUGGCUAUGGGCACGUGUGCAGACAUGAAAAUCCCCCCAUACUUUUCUUUGAUCCUUGGGAGCAUUGCAGGAAUUAUAUCCGUACUUGGGUUCAAGUUCCUGACACCAUUUUUCACUACUAAACUGAGGAUCCAUGAUACAUGUGGAGUCCAUAACCUGCACGGCUUACCUGGUGUGAUAGGCGGCCUUGCCAGCAUCGUGGCCAUAGCCAUGGAGAUACCUACCAUGUCUACUGCCAUGGAUAUGCAGGCGAUUAGGCAGGCAGCUGCGCUAGGUUCUUCCAUUGGAAUAGCAAUUGUUGGAGGGCUAAUCACAGGUUUGAUUCUAAAGAUACCUAUCUGGGGACAGCCAUCUGACGAGAACUGUUAUGAGGAUUCUGUUUACUGGGAGGUUCCUAAGAGGAUAGAACAUGACAGUCUUUUCCCCGAACACAGGAGCCACAACCAGCUGGAACCUGAAGCCUAAAAACCACUGUGCCCCCUGUUCUUUUCCUGUUAUCGAGACUCAAAACAAAAUGGCAGCAUCCAGUGAGAAAGUGGACCAGAACGGAUGGAUCCUGAGCCCCAAAUGUCCAGUAUGAAAAUAAACAUAAUCUGGUGCUCUCUCUUAGUAUCAAGGAUCAUUUAGUGGGAGACAUGUGACUCAUAAAACAGGUGGUCAAAUGGAUUUUAUUCAGGGCAUUCAGAAUCACUCUUGCCAGUGGGUAGGUACAGGGUGAAGAUUCCAUGUAUUUCCUGUGGGGUUUUUUUCCCACACAGAGAAGGAUUUACAAAGAAAUCAACACUUUCUAAUCACGUCCAUUCCUUAAUGUACAUACUAUGUCUUCAAUCUCAAAGAUUACGAAACUGAGGCCAAUGAAACAAUAAUUUAUGUAAGAGAUCUAUGUAAGAAAUAAAAAAGAUGUGAAGUUCCUGUUGUGGCUCAGGGUUAAUGAACCAACUAGUAUCCAUGAGGACACAGGUUCCAUCCUGGCCUUGCUCAGUGGGUUAAGGAUCUGGCUUUGCUGU